CAUGACGGGCACGUGACAACACCCGGAAGCCUCGGACAAGCUGACAACAAAACAAAACUUCCUCCAGAAAACUUUCAUUUUGUUAGUCAUUAAUAAUUGUUUUAUAAUGGAGUCGACCCUUGAGCAGCAUCUUGAUGAUACCAUGAAAAACCCAGCAGUCGUCGGGGUGCUGUGUACGGAUCAACAAGGACACAACCUGGGCUGUCGCGGCUCCCUGUCUGAUGAACACGGCGGUGUUGUGUCUGUUUUGGCCAAACAAGCUGCAGCACUCAGCAAAGACCCAACAGACACUCCGACUGUGUGCCUGGAAUCUGAGUCAGGAAACAUUCUGGUGAGGAGUCAUGGGACCAUCACAGUCGCCGUUCACAAGAUAGCAUCCUGAAGACAACGUGAUCAAACCGGACAAGUUUUACUGUAAAGAAAUGUUAACGCAACCAUUAAUCAUACAAUUUGAACAUUUGUUGCCUGUCUCUGUGUUCUUCUGUAUUGGAUUUCUUUCUUUUGUGUGAAAAAAAUAAUAUAUUUAAAUCUUUCAGAAAUAUUGUUCUGCUGUCAUGUACACAUUAGACUCUGCAGUGACUCUCAGCCAUGUUACAGCUUUGUGUGCACACUUUGGUUUUACAUUCAUUUCUUUCAUCUAAUGCAGCCAUGCGGAGAGUAACACCACUUAAUAAACUUUGACUUGACUUUGUGCUGCCCUC